GCAGACGACGACAGAUGUUUCGCCGCUGACGGUCAACCGUUCACAAAGCGCGGAACGACGCUGCGGUUUCAUUUUGCAGCCAGUUUUUGUUUCCAAUUCGUGAGCGCCGUCAACUCGCUGCAGCUUCUCCGUUCCGUACUGCUCCCCGUGGCCGCUGCGAGGCAAAAGAUCGCCCGCAUCUUCUCGCCACGAAACCGAAGAUCGUCUGCAUAUUUACCCUGCGUGACCGUGUAUUGCGUUUCUGCGAAACAACAAUGGCAUCUGCGUGUCUAUCAUCACGUUCCUGAGGUAAAGCUCUGCAGGCGGUAUUCCAAGGCGCCGACCACGUGGCCAAAGGUCUGGUCGACUGCCAGACUGUGCUGCGUGUCGCUACCAAGUUAUUGGGACGACAGCUGCUGCAGACCGAACGCGAAAGGCUCCUGGGCCGGGCAGAAAUAGUCGCCAACAACGGUUUACUGGGCAUCCAUGAAUUCCUGUUAAUUAUGGCGGAGACGUUAGCUGAAACCACCCACUGGGGAUCCCUCAAGACAGAUGUCCUAGGCUACGUUGGUAUUGAUACGCUUCAAGAACAGAUACGCAAGAAAGUCCUCAGGAAAGGAUUCGAGUUCAACAUCAUUGUCGUUGGUAGAAGCGGACUCGGAAAAUCCACUCUCAUCAACACCUUGUUCAAGGCAAACAUUAGUCGGCGCUCUUGUGCAAAGAAAUCCCAGGACACUCCCUCGCCUUAUAUCAUCCCUAAGACAACGGAAGUCAAGUCCAUAAGCCACGUAAUCGAAGAGAAAGGGACGAGACUGCGACUAACAGUGACAGACACGCCAGGAUUUGGAGAUCAGAUCAACAAUGAAAACUGCUGGCUGCCAAUCUUGGAAUACAUCAACGAACAAUACGAGAAGUACCUCAGCGAGGAGCAGAGUGUCACACGCAAGAAACACAUUCCGGACACACGCGUCCACUGUUGCCUCUACUUUAUUCCUCCAACAGGGCACUCGCUAACAUCCCUAGACAUCGAAUUUAUGAGACGCCUCCACAAAUGUGUCAACGUCGUUCCCGUCAUUGCAAAAGCAGACACACUGACCGUCGAAGAGAGGGCAAGCUUUAAAGAAAAGAUCAAGGAAGACCUGGAACUCAACGGCAUCAACGUCUACCCGAUGCAGGAGUUCGAGGAUGAUCCGGAGGAAAGUGUGGUUAACGACAAGCUCAGGGAUGCCAUCCCUUUUGCGGUCGUGGGAAGCGACAAGCAGCACCAAGUGAAUGGACGCAUGGUUUUUGGCCGACAGACACAGUGGGGGCUGGUCGAGGUAGAAAAUCGACUUCACUGCGAGUUUCCAGAUCUCAGGGACAUGCUCAUCAGGACUCACAUGCAGGACCUGGUAGAAGUGACAAAGUCAGUCCACUACGAAAGCUUUCGCCAAGAAAGGCUUCUUGCCCGCAACGGCAACAUGCUCAAUGGCCAUGCCAUCAACAUAGUCAACAUGAACGAAAGCAACUUAUGAUUGCUCCCACACACACAAAACUGAGAGGAACAUCCAGAACCUCACGUACUUAAUUUUUGUCAUUCACCACGAGCCAGGCAUGUGGCUGUAAACCAAAAGGAUCUCUGUCGUUGCACACUGUUGGCAUACUUGUAUUGACGCAUCACCACUGUUUUGUUUUUUCUCGUUUAGAUGAACAUAAAAAUAGAGUAGUCUUCCACAAGACACAGGAUGCAAGGAAAUAGAUAAUGACACCAUCAUGCCUACUUCCAUUUGUAGUGCAUGAUGCACUGUCUGUCUAGAGUUGAGCUCCCAGAAGGAAUUUAUCUAAGACUGUAGGGGCAUUCAUCUCAUCUGGCUGCACCUUAUUCAUAGAAGAUAUUCCCAUCAGAAAGCUUUGGAGGAUGUUGUGUCUGCAUGGUAAACUUGCAGAUGAGAUACAGAUGGGUACAGCCUAGGUACCUGGGCUAUACGCCUGGGCCUGUUGCUACUGCCUGUGAUGCUAUUCUAUCAGUGGUACGACAGAAGUUUCAGAACACAUCACAUUGGCACCACACUUCAGUAGUAACACAUCCAUAUAGCAAAGCAAAGUAAAGAUGCCUUCAAACAUUUCUCAACAAUAUGUUUGGGCCAUUGACCAUGAAAAAUGUUGAGAUUUAACCCCAAUGCGGAUGGAUGCUGCAACUUCUCCAUCGAGCAUAUUACAGCUAUGGUGAUGGGCUUACCCAUCCUACACAGACUCCUAAAAAGCUGAGGACUCGAUGCUCUACAUGAAACCACACAAGGCAGACAGAGUGUGAAUUUGCUUUUAAUUCACGAGACUGCAUUUUGACAUUUUGCAAAAUUUCUGAAGACCACACAUUCUUUGAUGAAAAUUCAAGGUCCUACUCUUUUUUUUUUGUUCCCUCGUGGAUCUCUGAUGUGAAUGAAAGACACACAAAGCUGCUUGUAGUAGAAUCUUUUGCAUUACCCAGAUAAUAAGAUUAAUACCUACACUGCUGAUCACCUUUCACCCAGCCUCAAAUGAGGCCCUCCAAUCUGAUUAUGUCUUCCGUAUUUCUAGUCAUGUUGAUGCAUUGUCAUUCAUUGUAUCCCAAUCUUUAGAUGUAUUCUACCAACAAGAAAUAAACAUCUAUUUAAAGCAAA